CCCCGCGGGCCAUCAACGUGUCCUCGCUGGAGUGGCUGGCAGUGGACGCGUACCACCUGACCGAUGUGGAUGUGCGCAACGACUACGACUAUCACACUCUUACCAUCGACAGCCGCGCCAUGGACCUGGACGAGAUAACUUCCGGCUCGAAUCUGUCUCUUGUGGUGACCGGUGCCCGCUUCCGUGUCUGGGGCAAGCACCUCAACCUGGAGGUUCGGUUCAGCUAUUUCGACUUGCCCACCGGACGCCUGGUGGAGCCGAAGCGCAACAGCGUCUGGCUGGACAACAGCAACACGGAGACAACCGGCGAGAAGCCACGACAAGCGCUUGACCUCACGGAGCCUGACGUAUCCACUGCCUCGGAGCAGACCUCGAUGCCACUGUCCACAUCGAAUCAAUUUAUGAAGUUCACCAGCUCCAGCAAGAUGAAGGACGCAGCCCAGAGCACUGUACCAUUCAUUGAUAUGCAGGAGGUUGUGCCACAUCCAGCAGUGCCCCUGGCCGGCCUGGGCAUCUAUCACAAGGGUCGUCCUGGUUUCGGUGGCUUCUUUGCCCCCAAGGUGGUUACCUAUGACUACUCCCAGUAUCUCAAGGAACUUCAAAACUAAGUGAAAGCCAAUUAAAAU